UUGUUUACAGUACAAUUGUUGAUUUUAUUUGUUUUUGUUUGCGGGUAGCAGCAAGUGUAGUUUGACUUGGACACGACAUCAAAUAAGCUUUCCUUUCCACAACAACUGUGGAGGUAGCUUGCUCACAUAGAAAUUAUUGGGUUAUUCUAUGAGCCAAACGAAACGAAGAGAAAAAAUGGGGCGCACGAUACAUAUCCAUCGAGUGCCCGCUGCCAUUGCUCUCAUCACGAUAACACUUAUUCUAGUGUAUUUCGUAAAUUUCCAUCAGGAUGAACGACCUGCUGUAUAUGGAUUGCUACGCAAUCAAAAUAAAGUGAAUUUGCGCAAACUGCUUAUUGGUGCCAUACAGGCAGCACAACGCGGUGGUAUGGAAGUGCUGGACGUGGCGCAAUCGCGAGAUUUAAGAGAACGUAGUAAAGGUAAAACCGAUGAGGGCGCGAACGAUCCGUUCACGGAUGCGGAUGGACGUUCUCAUUGUGUGAUGAAAGAAGGGUUACAUCGUAUUUUCCCACGCGUAAAAAUAUACUCUGAGGAAGAUAAAGAGAGCUGCAGCAAUGUGAACACUUUCGAUUUGGAUCCAACAGUACUACACGAAACAGCCGACCUGCCUAAUGAAUUGGUUGACAUAAAAGACAUCACAGUAUGGAUUGAUCCACUAGACGCAACUCAAGAAUUUACAGAAAAACUUUAUCAAUACGUCACAACCAUGGUGUGUGUAGCAGUGAGAGGAAAGCCUAUAAUCGGUGUUAUACACAGUCCGUUUAUAGGACAAACCGCAUGGGCUUGGGUGGAUCGUUCAAUGUCUGAAUAUUUAGCAUCCAUACACCCUGUUAAUCCAGAUACUUCAAAUCCACUUAUAACGGUGUCACGUUCUCACGCUGGUAGCGUAAAAGAUUUGACACGCAAUGUUUUCGGUGAAAAGUCGGAGAUCUUAACGGCUGCCGGCGCUGGUUAUAAAGUCCUGCAAGUAAUAUCCAACAAUGCCACGGCGUAUUUACAUUCAACGAAGAUUAAGAAAUGGGACAUUUGUGCGGGAGAUGCUAUUUUAAAUGCCUUGGGCGGUGUUAUGACGAAUCUCAAGGAUGAGUUGAUUGAUUAUGGUCCAGAUGGUUCACCAGUCAAUGAUCAGGGAUUAUUAGCCUCGCUUAAGAAUCAUGAUGAGUAUAUCGAUAAAUUGAUGGAGUAUCGAAAGAGCCACAAUGCGCCUGCACACAGCUAGUUUGAACAUUUUUUAUACACGGAUUUAGAAUAUAGUUAAAAAGCUCAGGCUAUUAUUUUUAGGUUAUAUAUUUUGCGUAAUAAUAUAACACUGUUUUGUACUCAUACUGAA